AUGUCGAUUUGUGCUGCUUGUCAGCUCGAAAUCGCCGAUCGUUUUAUUCUACGAGUACAUCCCAACCUGGAAUUUCACGCUUCAUGCCUCAAGUGUGCCGAAUGUUGCCGACCGUUGGAUGAGUCCUGUACGGCAUUCGUACGGAAUGGGGUCACUUACUGUAGAGAGGACUACUACAGGCUUUUCGGCACCAAAUGUAGCCGUUGUGAUUUACCGUUCGACCGGAGCGAGUUGGUAAUGAGAGCUCGGCAUGCUGUCUAUCACGUCGCCUGUUUUUCCUGUGUGGCAUGUGAACGCCAGCUGAAAACUGGUGAUGAGUUUCAGAUCAAGGGGAAUUCUCUGUACUGCAGAGCCGAUUGUGAAGCCGGAAAUGUACCUGAGCCAUCCUCCAUCCCGACCCCGUCGAUGUUCGCCAACGAUGACUCGUGGGAGACGUCAACGAUGACCUCCUUGGAUCAUACCAGUAGCCCUCCGCUUUCCGUACGUUCACCUAAAUCCGAUGACAUGAGUACUCCGCAAAAUAAUGGUUUUCAUAACACCAGCGGUUCCUCAGCGGGCUCGUCAGGGAAGAAGAAAAAGGAUAAGCAGACGACAAGGGUUCGAACUGUGCUCAACGAACACCAGCUGUCGAUUCUGAAGAAGUGUUACGCCCUAAAUUCCCGACCUGACGCCUUACUCAAGGAACAGCUUGUAGAAAUGACCGCAUUGAACGCCCGAGUGAUCCGGGUCUGGUUUCAAAAUAAACGUUGCAAAGACAAGAAAAGGCAGAUUCAGAUGCGUGAUAUGGCCGUAAAUGCUGAAAAGGCUACAUACUGGCGAGCCCUGUACAUGCUCUAUGAACGCGCCCUGAACGGAGUUCGAAUGACCGGAGUUGGACCGAUGGUGGCUGGUGCACCUACAAAUCACGUCGAAACGUUAUCGAUUGGUCAACCGAUCGAUAUAACGCACUAUGCUCAAUGGGGCCAAUCAAUGGACGCCCCAAUGGUUGAUCCUGCCUCGUUUGGACCACCGCCUCCUGCCAUGGGUUACACAGAGAUCGCACCCGAGCUCGGCUAUGGCAUGAUUCCACCUGGUGGAGCAUUCCAUGAGUUCUCACCUCAUCUACAUGCAUCCGAUCUGUCGUCGCCCAGUUGCAGUGAAUGA